AUUUUUCUAUUUUGUACAUACAUUGUUUUGUAUAUACUGUAUAUGAUGACCUCGUUGGGCGGCGACAAAGCCCGGGGCACUCGGGACAAAGUGCUGCCUGCUGCCACCCACACAACUCAACCACAGAAACAGCUCCAGGUGAGGGAGACACAUACACACACACACACACAGUACAAUUCACUUGAUCAAUCAUACUUAGCAGGUCUUCAGGUGUUAAGGAAUUUCUUCAAAACAUUACUUCUCUUCCCUCCCUUCUCUCCUCUCUCUGUUCUUUUCCUCCUCCCCCACCUUCCUCUUUUCCUCCUCAUCCAUCCUUCCUCGCUCUACUUCCUCUUGUCUGCAGGCGACCGCAGAGCAGAUCCGGCUCGCCCAGAUGAUCUAUGACAAGAAUGAUGCUGAUUUUGAGGACAAAGUGAACCAGGUGAGUGGGCGGGCGUUGCAGAGGCCAUUAUGUCAGUGCUGAAUGCUGGCGUGUGUGUGUUGUGGUGUUUGUUUCCCAUUGAGGCCUGCAUGAUUCCACAUGAAUCAGCAGUAAUGAACACACUUGUGCUGUGCUCUCCUGUUAACUUUGGAAACCAUUCUAAGCCUGUGUGUGUAUAUUUGUGACUGCAUGUACUAUAAAAAUAGAGGGUCCGCACUCAUAUCAUUUUAUUUAAAAAAUAUAUAUAUAUUAUGCAAUUUGAAUUAAAUUGCACACCUCAAUUCUAAGAGUGCAGACCUUUUCUAAAACUUUCUGUGCAACUAGAAGUGUGACAAAUAUUUCCUUCUCUGACUGUAUGUACAGCUUGUGUGUGUCUAUGUUUCUAACAAGUCGUACAUCAGUGUAAAUAGGGUCCUUGUAUAUUUUGUCAUGUUUUAUUGUGGAUUCAAAUGAAGCACUCGUGUAUAUUUGUGUGUGUACGUCCACAGCUGAUGGAGGUGACGGGAAAGAACCAGGACGAGUGCAUGGUAGCGCUCCACGACUGCAAUGAGGAUGUCAACAGAGCCAUCAACUUCCUCCUUGAGAGCACCUCUGACACGGUAGGGCACAGGGGACUGACGCUAAUGCUACCUUUCAAUUUCCUUCAACCACUUUCCUUCCCUCUCUGGGUGAUGGGCAGCUAGUCGUAGCUAGCUUAGUUUUGCACAGUCGCCUCAACUUGUGCAAUAAGAAAGGCUCAUUUUAGUUUUCUGGUGGAAAACGAUGCGCUACGUUUUCAUAUGUUUUGUGCUCUAAUGAAUACGACCCCAAAGUAGAUGUCUCCCCCGAAACAUAACAGCUGCCUUCGUUUUCUGGUUUAUCCAGGGAUGCAAAGUAGUCACUUUUCGGCGAUAUUUGCCGUUUUGAUCUCAGAAUAAGUCAUCCACGUGAAUCGUGUAGAUCUGUAAAAAUACUUUUGGGGUUGGUGGUGGUGGGGGGGAAUUGGGUCUGAUGAAAAGUGAGCAGACUCAGUGUAUCACCCAUUGAGCUAUAAAAGUGAGGCGCGAACAGAUUUUCUCCCUGUGUGAUCACAAAAUAAUGGUAUGUUACUCACAUCUGAUCAGAGGCCGUCUGCCCUUUUUUAAGGUCCAUACUACUGGAAAGUGUCUGUUCCAGGUGCGUAGGAGUCAAAAUAAGAAUACUGGAAGGAAUAGAGACCUGCACACUGUCGAAAAAAGGAAUAGAUCCAAAACUGAGGCUUGAAUGCAAAAUUAAGAUGUUUAUUGAAACAUCAUGGUGUCCAAAGAAUAUAUCAUAGUACAAGAAAGUGCAUCAAUAAAAUGUGAAAACAAAACACGUUACUCAUAUCGAAAUUAAUGACCGAGCACAGAAUGCAUCCCUACGUGUCCUACAAAUAGAAUAUCAGAGUUCAGAGCGUGAUGUCAAAUCAGAAUGAGUUCUUCAUCCAAUAUCACGUGACCGCUGUAAAACCAGCUAUAUCCUACUCCCAGGAAAAAGUAAAAUUGAAUGUGUUGUAUUGAGUAGAGGUGUGAAUAUCAGGGACAGGUUUUUGUGCAGCACAAUUGCAGAACGUGUAGAAAAUGGGAACAGGAGUCGUCUGGGGAGGGGUGGGGCAGGCAAACUUGGUAUCGUGAUACUUGGCCUGGUAUCACAUCGUUAGUAAAAUGUUGGUAUUGUGACAACCCCACUCUGAAAAUUGGCACAUUUUCUACACAGAUCUUUUGUGUGUUUUGAGCAAAACAGUGUUUUUGAGACACAACUGCAAACUUCAAGGAGUAGGCCAUUCAAGGAGUUGGUCUGAUGGUGCCCUCUGUCAUCGGCCUCCCCACUUGCUUGCAGCAGCAAUAGAAAAGCUAAAUUUGCUGUAGGCAAUGAAUCGCUCAACGACCCUUGCCACAGUCCCUUCCAAUCAAGGCCAAGGGUGCCAUGCCAACGCUAUACACUAUAUAUACAAAAGUAUGUGGACACCCCUUCAAAUUAGUGGAUUUGGCUAUUUCAGCCACACCCGUUGCUGACAGGUGUAUAAAAUCGAGCACACAGCCAUGCACUCUCCAUAGACAAACAUUGGCAGUAGAAUGGCCUUACUGAAGAGCUCAGUGACUUUCAACGCCUGCCCUGCUAGAGCUGCCCCGGUCAACCGUAAGUGCUGUUAUUGUGAAGUGGAAAAGGCUAGGAGUGGUAGGCCACACAAGCUCACAGAACGGGGCCGCUGAAGCGUGUAGCGUGUAAAAAAUCGUCUGUUCUCGGUUGCAACACUCACUACUGAGUUCCACACUGCCUCUGGAAGCAACGUCAGCACAAUAACUGUUCGUCGGGAGCUUCAUGAAAUGGGUUUCAAUGGCCAAGCAGCCGCACACAAGCCUAAGAUCACCACGUGCAAUGCCAAGCGUUGGCUGGAGUGGUGUAAAGCUCAUCGCCAUUGGACUCUGGAGCAGUGGAAACGCGUUCUCUGGAGUGAUGAAUCUGGGUUUGGCGGAUGCCAGGAGAACGCUAGCUGCCUCAAUUCAUAGUGCCAACUGUAAAGUUUGGUGGAGGAGGAAUAAUGGUCUGUUGCUAGGCCAUGGUUCGGUUUAGGCCCCUUAGUUCCAGUGAAGGGAAAUCUUAAUGCUACAGCAUACAAUUACAUUCUAGAUGAUUCUGUGCUUCCAACUUUGUGGCAACAGUUUGGGGAAGGCCCUUUUCUCUUUCAGCAAGACAAUGCCCCCGUGCACAAAGCGAGGUCCAUACAGAAAUGGUUUGUCGAGAUCGGUGUGGAAGAACUUGACUGGCCUGCACAGAGCCCUGACCUCAACCCCAUCGAACACCUUUGGGAUGAAUUGGAACGCCGACUGCGAGCCAGGCCUAAUCGCCCAACAUCAGUGCCAGACCUCACUACUGCUCUUGUGGCUGAAUGGAAGCAAGUCCCUGCAGCAUUGUUCCAACAUCUAGUGGAAAGCCUUCCCAGAAGAGUGGAGGCUGUUAUAGCAGGAAAGGGGGGACCAACUCCAUAUUAAUAUCCAUGAUUUUGGAAUGAGAUGUAUGACGAGCAGGCGUCCACAUACUUUUGGUAAUGUAGUGUAUCUAUGAAAGGAAACUGUGAAAAGAGGGUCUUGUGCCAACUGAGCCAGAGGGACUUGUCCAGUAGCAUGUUGGGUGAUUGAAUAAAAACAUGCUGUUGUAUAACUGUUUUCUACUCUGAGGGCAAUAGAAAAAGUAUUAUAUCCUCUGAAUCUAGGAUGAACACUUGUCACUUGUUCUGUCAGCGCCUGAUUCAGUCGUAAAAUAAUCCAGCCAUUUCAGAGGAGGGAACAGCAGCAAAGAUGGCGAAAUGGGAGAGGUCUUUCACUCCACCACAGCCCAGCCAGUCCCCGUCCCCCCCAUAGUUACUCUCUUGUUGUUAUUUCUUGGAAGUCCUGAAAUAGAAAGCGGGCCAUUUUGCUCCUGAGUGUGAAACUCACUACUGUAAUCGUUCUGUGAUAUAAUCUGCUGCUGCGGUCAUGAAUCCUUUAUGAUGUCUCUCUUUGUCAGUGACAUUGUGACACUGCAGUAGGAGAUGUAUACAGGGUCGCAACCACAUGUACCGGUAUGCCGAUUCCAUAAAGAAAUUAUCUCACAUGGACUAUUUUGUACUUUGAAGUUCAUGGGAAAGAAAGAAGUUCAAGCAGUAAGUAAAAAAGUAUCUCUCUCUCGCUCUCUCUCUCUCUCUCUCUCAGACCUCGUGGGAGACAGUGGGGAAAAAGAAACCCCUAGCGAAGGACGGCCCGGCGGAGGGCAAGGAGAACCGGGAGAAGAGAGGAGGAGAGAGGGAGGGCAGCAGGGGCCGGGGAAGCAACCGGAGAGGCAGGGGUGCCAGCAACCGCAGCCGCCAGGGGGAGAGAGGUAGGGGGCCACGGAGUCUCUCAAAUUCUAUCCAUGUUAAUAAACGAGGCACUGUCACCUAAGCGCCAGGGUGAAUGAUAAGUCAGAAAGUCUGCAGCUCUCUAGGAUUUGAGUUGUUUAGUACAGUUCUACACCUUUCAAACCAAGACGUUUUCCCGCCAACUUUAACAUCCCAACAACUUUUUUCUGCCUUUUCUUUUAUAUCUGAAAGGUGUUGCCGGUAUCAAGGCCUAAACUUUUAUUUCCGCGAACCGAUCUAGUCAUGAUUGCGGUAAAGUUCUGCCUUCGGCUUAGUAUGAAAUGUAGCUGUAAUAUUGAGGUGGGAUUGGCACGCACUACGCUCUUAAGCUCUUGAUGGUUGCUAGGCAUCGCCCGUUACUACUCUCCUCUAAACUUUGCGAGGCAUGUCACUUCACCCAUUUCUUUGCAUAGCCCACCACAUGCACUGUUCUCUUAGUCACAACUGGAUGGAUCCAUAAAGAAUAACUGUGGGAAUAAAUAUUACAGAAUUACAAAAAAUAUGGGAAUAAAGUAGGCUAAUGCAAUUGAAGGCAUCAAAUUGUUGCUUACUGAAACUCCCAUUAUAAUACAUUUUGAAGCAAUAGCCUAAUGUGUGGUCAGCUAUUUGAGCACCAUUUCCCGCUGCUUUGAGACAAGCGUGGGGACUCGUCUUGAUAAAUCAAUCAAUGUCAGAUUUUUAUUUUCACUGAUUCGCUGUUUGGAUAUUGGUUAUGCUACAGUCAGGCUGUGGAAAUGUUAGCUAAAUUGAGGUAAGUGCUGCUCAUGAUAAUCUUGUCCAGUUGGCUCAUUUAUUAGCAAUGAUCAGAACAUUCUGUUAGCAUGUUAUGUAGCUUAACAAGUGGAUCAUUUUGCUCUUCACUUGCAGUCGUAGCCUAGGUCUACUCCCAACCAAAAGCCUGUGACUUGUCUUAAUCAAUCAAUGUGCUUUUGUUUAACUGACUCUCAGUCUGUAUAUUUGGUUAAUUAUCUGGCUGGGCAAAUAAGUGGAGGUGGUAUAACUCAUCUGUUCGUUUGCUCAUCUAUCACUGAUCAUAAACAUUUAGCAUGCAAUAAUGUAGCCUAAAUAAAGUUUAGGCCUAUUAUUUUGCUUGAUCGCGUAUCGGUAACUCCAAAAGCCGGCAGAGGUUGUGAAAUAUGACUCGCAUACUUUUGAAAUUGUAGAUUGAUGAUGAAGAUACUCUCAAUGUAAGACCCUACGCCUGCUCCCUACAAAGCGGAGUGCGGGUAGGAAAGGGAUGAAACGUGGAUCAAAAAAGAAUGGGCUUGCCUUGGGGAAUCUGUUUCAAGUAUCACUUUUCUUAUAUGGGGUUGCCCUGACGGAAGUUGUGUGGGAAAAUAUUUGUAUUUUAUUCUGUUAUAUUUCAUUAUAUUCUUAGCCUACUAUAAAAUGUGUGUUGACUAUGAUCAGGGUAAGUGGGUCUUGUCUGUUAAAAUAACUGUUGAUUUCAUGUGCAUGGCGUAGCCUAUAGGCUACACAGACCAGUAAUAUAAUUAAACUCAAAAUAUGCCAUUCUGUUCUUUUGAAAAUGUAAUAUUUCUUAGGACCUGCCUAAAACGCAUUAAUAAUGGAUUUCUUUGUGAUGGCGUAUAUUUAAUGGAUGUAUUAAAGUAGACAUCCACCCACAUCGCCACCGCCUUCUCCCAUUCCUGAACUUGGGAGAUAUAAAAGGUUUAUCCCGGCAAGAAUGUUUAAAAUGGGACUGUAUUAAUUGGGUUCUAUAAAACAUUGCCAGUUUUUGUUUUUAUUGCCAACAUACCAUAUAAUCUGUCUGGAAAGGGUAUUAGAGUCUGUGUGUUUAUUUCAUUGGCGAUACCUUGGAUUAGGGAACACUGCAUGGAGCAGUUACUAAGAAUAUAUUGGCAGCCUAUUUGUCACUAAGCCAUAAUUAGUCAUCAAUGCACUAUUUAGCAGAAUUGGUUAAAAGGCAACACAUAAUUUUACCCAGUUACUAAGUCCUGUCCCUUUCCCUUUCUCUCUCGCGGUCUCUUUCUGUCUCUCUCUCUUUCUCUCUGUGCAGUGCGGCCAGAGGAGAAUGGUGUGGAAGUGGGCCCUGUGGACAGAGGGUCAGAGCGAGGCCGCAGGGGGGGAAGAGGGGGUAGAGGUGAGUGUCAUUUAGUGGCACUUUCUCAUAUGUUCCAGUCAACACUCCCAGGUAACUUGUGGUAUCUUAACUACACACCAUUUCUUCGGUGCCAUGCUUGCUGUGUGUUGACCUAGUGUGUGUCUGUGUGUGUGCUUCAGUCGGAUCUGGAGGCAGAGGAAGGGGCAGGGUGCCAGCUGGAAGCAGGUUUUCAGCCCAGGGAAUGGGGUGAGUUAUGGAAUACCCACACCUACACACACAAACUCUUACACACACACACACACACACACACACACACACACAACUGUCCUUCUCUGGUUCCUCGUACACUGCUUUGUCUUAAAUCUACCCAACCCCCCCCCACAAGGACCUUUAACCCAGCAGACUACACCACAGAACAGGGAACAGGGACCACACAAGAUGACUCCUGGGAGUCAGGGGCCAACAACAGCACAGACGGGACAGGUGAGGCCUCAUGCACAGACCAGGACCAUGAAACACUGGGCUUUUCAAAAAGUAGUGUGCACACAUCCACCAGUUUCCCCAGGUGCAGAAUAGAAACAUCAUUACUGCAACGUUUUGAAUGUUGUCAAGAUGUGUUCAUUGUUUUCUUUUAAUGUUCAUUGUAGACUGGUGCUAGGGAAAUGUCCCUGGACUUGUAUUGACCUGUAUUCUCUAACCUCUAACCCCUCUAUGGUGUGCCCCCUGCAGUGGCCUGGAGGAGUACUCUGGAGGACUGGGCUGCUGAGGACUGGAGCGAGGAUGUGAGUCUGAGUACUGGGGAGUAGUUGCCAGGGGGUGGAAGGAGCUGUGAGUCUUAUGUUCACAUUUUGGAGAUUUAUCUUCAGAUGGAACAAAUACAAUAUACUAGUUCAUCGUACAGAGUUAGUUGUUUGUUAAAAAGGUUUAUGCUAGUUGAUAUGGAGCUUUCCUUGAAGUGGACAGUGUUAGAUCGGCCAUUUUGGAUGGUAAUUUAACAAAACCAUAGUUUGGCUUGCACCUCACAACUCUGCCUAUUGCAUUUGUCACCAACCCAGUAACCCUCUCUGUCUCCCCUCAGCUCUCUGAGACCAAAGUGUUCACUGCUUCAAGUGCACCUGCACCUCAGAACCACAUCACACCUGGGCAAAGGUAACUCCCUGCUCAACAUCCGCACAACCAACUAGGGCACAUUUCAACACUGAUUUUUGUGUUGUGUUUGUAUAUAGGACAAUACUAGUGCUCAGUGGUGCACAAAACAACAGUUUUACCUCUGCCAGGUUUAUUCCUUGGAGUGAUAUGUUUGGCCCAGCUCUAUACAUGCACAAUAUCCUGAAUGUAUGGAUCCUUCACCUGUAGACAGGGUUCUCAUAGUGGCUGUGAUGUGUAUCUCUAAAGCAGGUCCCCAUUCUGACUGUGUAUCAUAGAAAUAGUAUUAUGUUGUAAUAAUUGUAUGUGUUACUCCUGUAGUCUGAACCUGGCCUCUAUGCUGCAGAAGCCAGUGGGAGGAGGAGAGGCUCCCUCCUCUCAGAGCCUGGUCUUCACCAACUCCCACCAUCACCCCACCCACAACGGGUCAGCCAUCGGCACAGGCAGUACCAGCUACGCACAUGCCGCCCUGGUGAGCCAUACACUCGUUUCCUUUACAGUUUUCAGAAACAUAUUUCCCGUACUCGAUCGCUGUAUUUAGCUUGUAUUACCAUAGCGCACCAUUAAUUCUGAAAAUAUGUCUUAAACAAUUUACAAGCACCCCAAUCUAACUCUCUCUAUCUCUCUCGCUGCCUGCCAGUCGUCAGUGCUGGGGGCAGGUUUUGGGGACCUGGGUCAGUCUAAGAGGAGUCAGUCCAGUCCGGGGGCCCAGAUCUUGGAGCAGCUGAAGGGCCCAGGCCUGGGUCCUCUCCCUUCCUCCCAGGCAGCCCCCCCUCCCAGCACACAGGGGGCCAGCAGCACCUCUCUGGGGAGUAGACUCCCAGGGUUAGGAGUAGCACCCCCGGUCCUCCCUCCACCUUCCACUUCCAGCUGGGACAACAAGGCCCCUGAGCCCAGCACCACCACCUCCUCACUCACCUCCCACUUCAGCCGUGAGACACACACACUUGUUUUUCUAUCCUCGUGGGGACCUAAACAUUAUUUCCAUUCAGAUCCUAUUUUCCCUAACCCCUAAACCUAACCUUAACACCUAACCCUGAUUCUAACCCUGAUUGUAACCCUAACUCUCAUUGUAACCAUAAACCUAACCUCUAAGCUUAAAAUAGCAUUUGUCCUCAUGGGGACAUGGUAAAUGUUCCUUAGAGGGAGAAUCUUCCUUGUUUUACUAUCCUUGUGGGGACAUUUGGUGAUUUCACAUCCCCACGAGGAUAGAAGAACAAGACCACACACUCUAACACUUUUUAUCCGAUUUUGUUAGAGAUUUAUCAAAUUCACCUAUAAUUUCAAAUACCUGGCAUAUGGUUCAAAAAAUAAAUGACCAUGUGUCUUUAUGUGGUGUUUGUGUCAAUAUGCCUGGCUGAUCUGUAUUUGUGUGUGUGUGUUGGCCCUCCAGGGGAGUUUAGGCUGCAGCCUGAGCCAUCCCUGGUGCUGAGCCAUCUGGCCCAGAGACACAGCGCCCCCUCCCUGCCCCUGGUGUGCCAGUCCAGCCCCCCGCCAGCCCAAUCCCCAUCCCCCAGCCAGGGACCCCCCCUGGCCGCCAUCGGUGCCAAGCCUGCCCCCAGCGCAGGGCCGGACCCUCAGGGCAGCAGCUCGCUGCAGCAGCACCGCAUUCCGCAGCUAAAGGCUCAGAAACGAAGGAUACCUCCCACCUCCAAGGUAAGGAACCAUAGCCAAGUCUUUCCUCGAUUCCCUGUGUGAAGUCAAGGAAUUAAGGACAGGGUGAAUCAAGGAAAUACUUUUGAGAUUCACCCAGUGUGUAGGACAACCUUGGCUAUUAAGGCUCUUAGCCCAGUUCUAACACAUCUGAUUGAUCUAAUCAAGGUCUUGAUGCUUAAUUGAUCAAUGCCCAACAUUGUAGAGCACUGUUCUAAAUUAAGAAGGGUAUUGGGUAUCAAGAUAACAGGCUGAUCUUCUCAGAUACAAGGGUUGUGAAUGAUAAUGAAAAUGUUAGACAGUAAGCCCACUCUGAGUGAGAGCUUUCCCUCCCCUCCUGUCCAGAUCCCCUUGUCGGCGGUGGAAAUGCCUGGCUCUGCCGACAUCCCCGGUCUAAACGUUCAGUUCGGAGCGCUGGACUUUGGCUCGGAGGCAGCCCUGCCGGACUUUGGCCCUGUGGAGACAUGCGUCAGCGUGGCCUCCAGGGAGUCCACCAGGGCCCCCGCCCCACAGAGCCAGACCAACCUCUACUCCAAACCCCUCAGGUGGGUCACAAUUACCACCACAGGUGUAUUCAGUGAGGUUAAAUGUUGCGAAUAGAAAAGUAACACGUUUACGUGAUUCCUCUUUGUGCCUGUCAGACAAUCCUAUCUGUUCUGCACAACAUUUCUAUGUUAUUCUAUGUCUAGCUAUAUGUAUAUUCUGUUAUGUUGCACUCUCCUGAAAGGACCCCAGGGGUGGCCAACAGAUUGAAGACUAUGCUAGCACACCCCUUGGACUAGAAGUCUAUUUGAAGUCAUUAUACUAUGUACUUGUUCUUAUGGCAUGUUUAUAACUAAAACCUCCUUCUCUGUUUGUCACCAGUGAAUCUAUGGGCAUCCCUCUCUCCGUUCCCCUCCCUCUGUCCUCCUCUGAGCCCAUCUACCACUUCCCGUCGGUGGCCAUGCCCAGCCUCGCCCCCUCCUCUAUGGGUACGGUCAGCUCCUCCACUCCCUCCUCCUCCAUCUCUUCCUCGGUGCCCUCCUCCUCCACAUCUCCCUUCGUCUCACUGGGAAGCGGUUAUGACUGUGGGCCUGUGGCCCCUCACUCACGCCUGGCCUUCUCCCAGAGCAAAGAGGCCCCCGGACCAAUCAUGGUGAGUCAAUGUUUGGGUUAUCUAUCUAACAUUGAAGGCCAUCGGGGUCAUAUUCAUUAGGCACCAAACGGACUGAAACAUGGAGGAACUACCUGAACUUGUCCAAUAAGAAGCGGUUGUUUUUGUUUUCCGUUGCAAAACGUUUUUCUACAUGCUCUAAUGAACAAGACCCUCCCACACAGUGUCCUGGCUUGUGUAAUAGUGAGACGCAUCAGUUGUGUAUGAAAUAAAUAAACAUGAUAAAAUAAUUUCCCACUGUUGGAUAAUAAAGAUAAAUUGACUUGAGUGAAGAAUCCAAACUUGGUCGUUUGCUCGUCUCAACAGAACGGUCUGAACGGUGUGAGGACGUCUGCUAUGGACAGUAAGUAACACAUUUCAUUCAAUCAUUCAUUCAUUCAGUGCUGCUACUUUUGUAGUUAAAUUAUAUGGGAUUGUUUCUCUCUCUCUCGCUCUCUCUCUCUCUCUCUCUCUUUUUCUCUCUCUUUUUCCAGCUUCAUCAGCCUCCUCCACGCCAGAGUCUCCCUCUCCGAGCAUCAGUACCAGCAGUGCUCCUGCCCCCUCUGCCCUCAUGCCCUCCUCCAUACCCCCCCAAAGCUCAGCACUUCCCAGUCUGCCACAUGACAUGCCCUCUGCCAGCCUGGCAACACAGAACAGGUAACACACACACCUACUCGCUCUUGCCUUGACGUCUUUGGAUGUGUGCUUGUAUUGACGUGAGUGAGAGGCAAUUUAUACAUACAGAAUUCAAGUUUGCCGCUAUAGGCUAGAAAUGCAGUAACCUUGAGAUUAAUAAACUUGAUCAUGAAUAUACAGUGGGGAAAAAAAGUAUUUAGUCAGCCACCAAUUGUGCAAGUUCUCCCACUUAAAAAGAUGAGAGAGGCCUGUAAUUUUCAUCAUAUGUACAUGUCAACUAUGACAGACAAAUUGAGGAAAAAAAUCCAGAAAAUCACAUUGUAGGAUUUUUUAUGAAUUUAUUUGCAAAUUAUGGUGGAAAAUAAGUAUUUGGUCACCUACAAACAAGCAAGAUUUCUGGCUCUCACAGACCUGUAACUUCUUCUUUAAGAGGCUCCUCUGUCCUCCACUCGUUACCUGUAUUAAUGGCACCUGUUUGAACUUGUUAUCAGUAUAAAAGACACUUGUCCACAACCUCAAACAGUCACACUCCAAACUCCACUAUGGCCAAGACCAAAGAGCUGUCAAAGGACACCAGAAACAAAAUUGUAGACCUGCACCAGGCUGGGAAGACUGAAUCUGCAAUAGGUAAGCAGCUUGGUUUGAAGAAAUCAACUGUGGGAGCAAUUAUUAGGAAAUGGAAGACAUACAAGACCACUGAUAAUCUCCCUCGAUCUGGGGCUCCACGCAAGAUCUCACCCCGUGGGGUCAAAAUGAUCACAAGAACGGUGAGCAAAAAUCCCAGAACCACACAGGGGGACCUAGUGAAUGACCUGCAGAGAGCUGGGACCAAAGUAACAAAGCCUACCAUCAGUAACACACUACGCCGCAAGGGACACAAAUCCUGCAGUGCCAGACGUGUCCCCCUGCUUAAGCCAGUACAUGUCCAGGCCCGUCUGAAGUUUGCUAGAGUGCAUUUGGAUGAUCCAGAAGAGGAUUGGGAGAAUAUCAUAUGGUCAGAUGAAACCAAAAUAGAACUUUUUGGUAAAAACUCAACUCGUCGUGUUUGGAGGACAAAGAAUGCUGAGUUGCAUCCAAAGAACACCAUACCUACUGUGAAGCAUGGGGGUGGAAACAUCAUGCUUUGGGGCUGUUUUUCUGCAAAGGGACCAGGACGACUGAUCCGUGUAAAGGAAAGAAUGAAUGGGGCCAUGUAUCGUGAGAUUUUUGAGCGAAAACCUCCUUCCAUCAGCAAGGGCAUUGAAGAUGAAACGUGGCUGGGUCUUUCAGCAUGACAAUGAUCCCAAACACACCGCCCGGGCAACGAAGGAGUGGCUUCGUAAGAAGCAUUUCAAGGUCCUGGAGUGGCCUAGCCAGUCUCCAGAUCUCAACCCCAUAGAAAAUCUUUGGAGGGAGUUGAAAGUCCGUGUUGCCCAGCGACAGCCCCAAAACAUCACUGCUCUAGAGGAGAUCUGCAUGGAGGAAUGGGCCAAAAUACCAGCAACAGUGUGUGAAAACCUUGUGAAGACUUACAGAAAACGUUUGACCUGUGUCACUGCCAACAAAGGGUAUAUAACAAAGUAUUGAGAAACUUUUGUUAUUGACCAAAUACUUAUUUUCCACCAUAAUUUGCAAAUAAAUUCAUUAAAAAUCCUACAAUGUGAUUUUCUGGAAUAUUUUUUCUCAUUUUGUCUGUCAUAGUUGACGUGUACCUAUGAUGAAAAUUACAGGCCUCUCAUCUUUUUAAGUGGGAGAACUUGCACAAUUGGUGGCUGACUAAAUACUUUUUUCCCCCCACUGUAUCUAAAGAUAUCUAAAUCAAGAGCAGAAGGCAAAUGGUGUAUAGAUAAAUUAAUGAAUGUCCUUUAUACAGUGCAUUCAAAGUAUUCAGACCCCUUGACUUUUUCCACAUUUUGUUACGUUACAGCCUUAUUCUAAAAAAAAAAAUCCUCAUUAAACUACACAAAAUACCCCGUAAUGACAAAGCAAAAACUGGUUUUUAGAAAUUUUUGCAAAUGUAUAAAACAUUCAAAACUGAUAUAACAUUUACAUAAGUAUUCAGACCUUUUACUCAGUACUUUGUUGAAGCACCUUUGGCAGCGAUUACAGCCUUGAGUCUUGUCGGGUAUGACGCUACAAGCUUGGCACACCUGUAUUUGGGGAGUUUCUCCUAUUCUUCUCUGCAGAUCCUCUCAAGCUCUGUCAGGUUGGAUGGGGAGUUUCGCUGCACAGCUAUUUUCAGGUCUCCAGAGAUGUUUGAUCGGGUUCAUGUCUGGGCUCUGGUUGGGCCACUCAAGGACAUUCAGAGACUUGUCCCAAAGCCACUGCGUGGUCUUGGCUGUGUGCUUAGGGUCGUUGUCCUGUUGGAAGGUGAACCUUCGCCCCAGUCUGAGAUCCAGAGCGCUCUGGAGCAGAUUUUCAUCAAGGAUCUCUCUGUACUUUGCUCCGUUCAUCUUUCCCUCGAUCUGGACUAGUCUCCCAGUCCCUGCCGCUGAAAAACAUCCCCACAGCGUGAUGCUGCCACCACCAUGCUUCACCAUAGGGAUGGUUCCAGGUUUCCUCCAGACAUGACACUUGGCAUUCAGGCCAAAGAGUUCAAUCUUAUUUUUUAUAUUUAUUUAAUAUUUAAAACAUACAAUAUACUUGCAGUGAAGCCGCUCAACAACUACAUCACAUUAGUCAUCUAACAGACUCACAGGAGCAAUAAAAAAUAAAAUAAAAUAAAAAUAUAUAUAAUAGAAUUAUUGUAAAAUUGACUCUGUCCAUGGGGUGUAGGUGGUGGGUAUGGACCGGAAGUGGAGGCCUGGGCGUUGUUGUUCACUAAUUUACUCCAAGUAGGGAAAGGAUGGUGGGGUUGAAAAGUAAUAAAGGGGAGUAUAUAUAUAUAUAUAUAUAUAUAUAUAAAAACAUGGGGGAUUGGAAGUGAUGCAGACAAUUACAUUGAUAGAUUGUAUCUUCUAUCUGCAAUAUUAAGCUGAUCCAUUCCCCCCAUUAAAAAAAAAAAAAAAAAAAAAAAAAACAGACUCACAGAAGCAACCAGGGUCAACGCCCCGCUCAAGGGCACUUCGACAGAUCCUCCCACAAGGUCAAAAACAGGGACCCAAACCAGCGAUCCAUCAGCCACUGGCCCAAGCCACUGGCCCAAGCUCCCAACCGCCAGGCCACCAGCCCUCCAAGAUCCCCCCCCCCACAGUUCCCCAAGAGCUGCCCCUCAUUCAUUCGAGUAAUUGACUGACCCGGUCUCUCCAGAUCUCCCAACGGUACUAUUUCUAGGGUCAAUUUUAGGUCAGUGUUAUGCAUUUUGAGCCAUUCUUGAACCUGAGACCAGAAACAGGCUACCUGAGGGCUAUACCAAAAUAAAUGGUCUCUUGAUUCUGUAUCCUCACAACAAAAUCUGCAGAGCUUCGAUGAUUGUAUGCCCCAAAUAUUCAACAUUUUGUUGGUGGCAAGAAUUCUAUAUAAUAAGUUUAGCUGAAAAGCACGAAGUCUUGAAUCUUGCGUCGUUUUAUAUAUCAACUCAUAUCAAUCAAAUGUAUUGAUAAAGCCCUUUUUACAUCAGCAGAUGUCACAAAGUGCUAUACAGAAACCCAGCCUAAAACCCUACACAGCAAGCAAUGCAGAUGUAGAAGCACGGUGGCUAGGAAAAACUCCCUAGAAAGGCAGAAAUCUAGAGAGGAACCAGGCUCUGAGGGGUGGCCAGUCCCCUUCUGGCUGUGCCGGGUGGAGAUUAUAUUAGUACAUGGCCAUUAAGGGAGACACUGUGGCCCCGUCCGACGGUACCCCCGGACAGGGCCAACCAGGCAGGAUAUAUCCCCACCCACUUUGCCAAAGCACAGCCCCCGCACCACCAGCGGGAUAUCAACAGACCACCAACCUACUACCCUGAGACAAGGCUGAGUAAAGCCCAUGAAGAUCUCCUCCACUGCACGAGCCCGAGGGGGCGACAAACCGGACAGAAAGAUCACGUCAGUGACUCAACCCACUCAAGUGACGCACCCGUCCUAGGGAUGGCAUGGAAAGCACCAGUAAGCCAGUGACUCAGCCCCCGUAAUAUGGUCAGAGGCAGAGAAUCCCAAUGGAGACACGGGAACCGGCCAGACAGAGACAGCAAGGGCGGUUUGUCGCUCCAGUGCCUUUACGUUCACCUGCACACCCCUGGGCCAGACUACACUCAAUCAUAGGACUUACUGAAGAGAUGAGUCUUCAGUAAAGGCUUAAAGAUCGAGACAGAGUCUGCGUCUCUCACAUGGAUAGGCAGACCAUUCCAUAAAAAUUGAGCUCUAUAGGAGAAAGCCCUGCCUCCAGCUGUUUGCUUAGAAAUUCUAGGGACAAUAAGGAGGCCUGCGUCUUGUGACCGUAGCUUACGUGUAGGUAUGUACGGCAGGACCAUAUCGGAGAGAUCGGUAGGAGCAAGCCCAUGUAAUGCUUUGUAGGUUAGCAGUAAAACCUUGAAAUCAGUCCUAGCCUUAACAAAGGGCUAGCACUGGAGUAAUAUGAUCCAAUUUUUUGGUUCUAGUCAAGAUUCUAGCAGCCGUGUUUAGCACUAACUGAAGUUUAUUUAGUGCUUUAUCCGGGUAGCCGGAGAGUAGAGCAUUGCAGUAGUCUAAUCUACACUGCUCAAAAAAAUAAAGGGAACACUAAAAUAACACAUCCUAGAUCUGAAUGAAUGAAAUAAUCUUAUUAAAUACUUUUUUCUUUACAUAGUUGAAUGUGCUGACAACAAAAUCACACAAAAAUUAUCAAUGGAAAUCAAAUUUAUCAACCCAUGGAGGUCUGGAUUUGGAGUCACCCUCAAAAUUUAAGUGGAAAACCACACUACAGGCUGAUCCAACUUUGAUGUAAUGUCCUUAAAACAAGUCAAAAUGAGGCUCAGUAGUGUGUGUGGCCUCCACGUGCCUGUAUGACCUCCCUACAACGCCUGGGCAUGCUCCUGAUGAGGUGGCGGAUGGUCUCCUGAGGGAUCUCCUCCCAGACCUGGACUAAAGCAUCCGCCAACUCCUGGACAGUCUGUGGUGCAACGUGGCGUGGUGGAUGGAGCGAGACAUGAUGUCCCAGAUGUGCUCAAUUGGAUUCAGGUCUGGGGAACGGGCGGGCCAGUCCAUAGCAUCAAUGCCUUCCUCUUGCAGGAACUGCUGACACACUCCAGCCACAUGAGGUCUAGCAUUGUCUUGCAUUAGGAGGAACCCAGGGCCAACCGCACCAGCAUAUGGUCUCACAAGGGGUCUGAGGAUCUCAUCUCGGUACCUAAUGGCAGUCAGGCUAACUCUGGCGAGCACAUGGAGGGCUGUGCGGCCCCCCAAAUAAAUGCCACCCCACACCAUGACUGACCCACCGCCAAACCGGUCAUGCUGGAGGUUGUUGCAGGCAGCAGAACGUUCUCCACGGCGUCUCCAGACUCUGUCACGUCUGUCACAUGUGCUCAGUGUGAACCUGCUUUCAUCUGUGAAGAGCACAGGGCGCCAGUGGCGAAUUUGCCAAUCUUGGUGUUCUCUGGCAAAUGCCAAACGUCCUGCACGGUGUUGGGCUGUAAGCACAACCCCCACCUGUGGACGUCGGGCCCUCAUACCACCCUCAUGGAGUCUGUUUCUGACCGUUUGAGCAGACACAUGCACAUUUGUGGCCUGCUGGAGGUCAUUUUGCAGGGCUCUGGCAGUGCUCCUCCUUGCACAAAGGCGGAGGUAGCUUUCCUGCUGCUGGGUUGUUGCCCUCCUACGGCCUCCUCCACGUCUCCUGAUGUACUGGCCUGUCUCCUGGUAGCGCCUCCAUGCUCUGGACACUACGCUGACAGACACAGCAAACCUUCUUGCCACAGCUCGCAUUGAUGUGCCAUCCUGGAUGAGCUGCACUACCUGAGCCACUUGUGUGGGUUGUAGACUCCAUCUCAUGCUACCACUAGAGUGAAAGCACCACCAGCAUUCAAAAGUGACCAAAACAUCAGCAAGGAAGCAUUGGAACUGAGAAGUGGUCUGUGGUCACCACCUGCAAAACCAGUCCUUUAUUGGGGGGUGUCUUGCUAAUUGCCUAUAAUUUCCACCUGUUGUCUAUUCCAUUUGCACAACAGCAUGUGAAAUUUAUUGUCAAUCAGUGUUGCUUCCUAAGUGGACAGUUUGAUUUCACAGAAGUGUGAUUGACUUGGAGUUACAUUGUGUUGUUUAAGUGUUCCCUUUAUUUUUUUGAGCAGUGUAGAAGAGACAAAAGCAUGGAUUCGCUUUUCUGCAUCAUUUUUGGACAAAAACUUUUGCGAUGUUACGAAGAUGGUAUCCCUGUACCAUGGUACCAUGGAAUCGGUACAUCAAAAAUCUCUUCCGAACUAUUUUGCAAUCUGUAUGGCACAGCUGUCAACAUCCUGGUCCUCAAAUGAAACUGGUAUACUUUCCUAUUUAUGCUAUUUUUAUUCCUGUCUUGAUCCUUUAUAUUGGGCAGACAGACCAGUUCCCUACCUCCUCCCACCGCCACCUGCCUCCUCCAUUUUUGGGGUAAUGCUGUAAUCAAUUGGUUGUAAUCUUGGAUUGAGCAGACCUUCCCAUACAAUUCUGAUAACUCCAUGAAAGACACAACUCUACCAUUCAAAUGUACAAUAUAAUUUAAAAACAAAAAUCUUUCCCAUAAAUACAGGUCUUUUAUCAACCAGCACAUUUGAGUUCAGCCAUAAUAUUUGUUGUAAUAUUUGUUAUAUCUUUUCAUGGGGAGGACAUUGUAGCCAGCUCUGCAAUGUUUGUUUGAAAAAGAGAUACUUUGAAAAAAAUAUCAUUUUCAAUUAAUCGAAAAUGAGACAUGGCAAUCUGCAAAAAGGCCAUUUUAAAAACAAUGGAUGAGCUUUUCUUUGUAAUCUACUUGAGAACCAUUUAGGGUUCAAGUAAAACUUUUGAAUAAGUAAUGCUUUUAGAGAGAGGUUUAGUGCUUUUAUAUAUAAUAAUCUCAACCCACCCAAUUCAUAUUCAUUAUAUAGAUAGGCACGCUUUAUCUUGUCUGGUUUAGCAUUCCAGAUAAAGCAAAAUAUUUUCUGCUCAUAUGAUUUGAAAAACGAAUCAUCAGGAGUAGGCAGUGCCAUAAGUGAGUAAACUGAGAUAUGUUUCUCAUGGUCUGAGAGUCCUUUAGGUGCCUUUUGGCAAACUCCAAGCGGGCCGUAAUGUGCCUUUUUACUGAGGAGUGGCUUCCGUCUGGCAACUCUACCAUAAAGGCCUGAUUGGUGGAGUGCUGCAGAGAUAGUUAUCCUUCUGGAAGGUUUUCCCAUCUCCACAGAAUAACUCUAGAGCUUUGUCAGAGUGACCAUUGCGUUCUUGGUCACCUCCCUGACCAAGGCUCUUCUCCCCGAUUGCUCAGUUUGGCCGGGCAGCCAGCUCUAGGAAGAGUCUUGGUGGUUCCAAACUUAUUCCAUUUAAGAAUGAUGGAGACCACUGUGUUCUUGGGGACCUUCAAUGUUGCAGACAUUGUUUGGUACCCUUCCCCAGAACUGUGCCUCCACACAAUCCUGUCUCGGAGCUCUACGGACAAUUCCUUCGACCGCAUGGCUUGCUUUUUGCUCUGACAUGCACUGUCAAAUGUGGGACCUUUUAUAUAGACAGGUGUGUGCCUUUCCAAAUUAUGCCCAAUCGAUUGAAUUUACCACAGGUGGACUCCUAUCAAGUUGUAGAAACAACUCAAGGUUGAUCAAUGGAAACAGGAUUCACCUAAGCUCAAUUUCGAGUCUCAUAGCAAAGGGUCUGAAUACUUUAAAUACAUUUGCAACAUUUUGUCUUUAUGGAGGAUUGUGUGUAGAUUGAGAUAAAAAAAAAAAAAUCAAUUUUAGAGUAAGGCUGUAACAUAACAAAAUGUGGAAAAAGUCAAGGGGUCUGAAUACUUUCCGAAUGCACUGUAUCGAUUUCUCUCUCUACAUUUUAGCCAUGGCAGCAGUAGUCAUUCCUCAGCACUUGGCUCCAGCUCUCUCACUGUGAGUAUGGCUUAACACACACUUGCACGCACGCACUUUUAUUUUAGUUGUCUAUGCCGAGUACAACCUCCUUGUUAACACUCUCUCUAUCCCCCUCUGUGUAGUACACCAGUGUGGAGAGUAGUGUGAGCUCUCUGGCGCCCUCGUCUGGCGCCUACUCAUCUGGUCAUGCCAUGGCCCAGUCGCUCCACCAGGCCCCGGCCCAGUCGCUCCACCAGGCCCCGGCACAGUCGCUCCACCAGGCCCCCGCCCAGUCGCUGCACCAGGUCAACAGCAGCAUGGCUCACAUCAUGGGCACCAUGAGCCACAUGAACAGUAUGGUCAGUAGCAUGGGUGGCACCAGCGGGCUACACGCCAACCAAGCACUGGGGCUCAGCGCCAACGGAACCACAGCCCAAUCGAACCUCUGCUCGGCCCCCAGGACCGCACCGCUGCUCUCCUCCUCAACUGGUACACACAAAUAUAAUCAUACGUACACACAGUUAACCAGAAACAUAAAGCAUACAAGUGAAACUGUAGUUGUCUAGAUAGCAGGUGUGUCCUUGUGUUAUCCAGGUAAAGCUCCUCCUAACCUGUCCCAGGGAGGGCCCCCACUACUGCCCAACCAGUACAUCAUGGGCCCAGGAGGCCUGCUGCCUGCCUACCCGGUAAUGAGUGUGUGUGUGUGUGUGUGUGCGUGCGCGUUAGUGUUGCACGGUAUACCGAAACUUCUGUACUUUAUUGAUACUAGAACAUGAAAAACGGUUCGGUACUAGAUUAUUUUCAACUUUUGGUACUUGCGAAUGAGCCACUUUUGAGAAGCAAGCGAGAGGAGAGAGAAAAUGCAGACAGCAUGUCUUCUAAUGAAAACAUCAUACCUCCACACCCGUAACUUCUUGACAAAACUGGCUCCAGAACGAACUAUGGAAAUGCUUAGAGCAUAUGAUGGCCAGUAUUCAAAAGGUGUUACAAAGCAGUGCAGUGCAAGAGAGGUUUAGUUGCAAAACGACAAACUAUUUUACACGACAUUUGCAUUGUAACGUUAUUCUACAAGCAACUAAAUUCCAAUAAUUUUAGUGACAAUGACAUCAAUAAAUAUUUAGCAUGACAUUAUAAUGUAAUUACAACCCAAAAGUAAUGUGAAAUGCACUCAUAACUUAGCUAUGAUAGCAAUAUAUUUAGACUACUUCACAUUUGUCUGGGCUUGCUAGCAGUAGCCACUAGCCAGCCAGCAGCCCUGGCUGUGGACCAUAUGGCUGUGGACCAUAUUUGAGCUGUUCUUGCCAUAAUAUGGACUUGGUCUUUUACCAAAUAGGGCUAUCUUCUGUAUACCCCCCCUACCUUGUCACAACACAACUGAUUGGCUCAAACACAUUAAGAAGGAAAGAAAUUCCACAUAUUAACUUUUGAGAAGGCACACCUGUUAAUUGAAAUGCAUUCCAGGUGACUACCUCAUGAAGCUGGUUGAGAGAAUGCCAAGAGUGUGCAAAGCUGUCAUCAAGGCAAAGGGUGGCUAUUUUGAAGAAUCUCAAAUAUAAAAUAUAUUUUGAUUUAACACUUUUUUUGGUUAUUACAUGAUUCCAUAUGUGUUAUUUCAUAGUUUUGGUGUCUUCACUAUUAUUCUACAAUGUAGAAAAUAGUCAAAAUAAAGAAAAACCCUGGAAUUAGUAGGUGUGUCCAAACUUUUGACUGGGGGUGUGUGUGUGUGUAUAUACAGUGGGGAGAACAAGUAUUUGAUACACUGCCGAUUUUGCAGGUUUUCCUACUUACAAAGCAUGUAGAGGUCUGUAAUUUUUAUCAUAGGUACACUUCAACUGUGAGAGACGGAAUCAAAAAAAAAAAUCCAGAAAAUCACAUUGUAUGAUUUUUAAGUACCGUAUUUUCCGCACUAUAAGGCGCACUGGAGUAUAAGCCGUAGCAGCUAAAUUUAAUGAUGUGUACAUAUAUAAGCCGCACCGGAGUAUAAGCCGCAGCAGCUAAAUUGAAUGAUGUGUACAUAUAUAAGCCGCACCGGAGUAUAAGCCGCAGCAGCUAAAUUGAAUGAUGUGUACAUAUAUAAGCCGCACUGGACUAUAAGCCGCAGGUGUUUUAAUGUUUAAUUACCAUAUGUAAGGGUUCGUGCACAGAGGGGAUUGUCGGGAAAGAGAUGGCUGCUUGAGGAAGCUCCCAUUUAUUAACAUUUCAACAAACAAGUUGCAUAUUUGCAUAACGUAUUCAAGUGUUACCAUUUAGUGCAAUAGUAGCUACCAGGGGCGGUGUGUUCAAUAGGGCGAUAUGGGCGACGCACUGCCAAACGGGAAAAGGAAGGGAUUUUUUUUCUAAUCAAUUAUAUCACGGCAACAGUAGUUAUCAGUGUUGUAAUCUAGACGUCUGAUCUGCCACAGUGCCACACUGCCACUAAAUGUCCAAUCAGGCUAAAGUCGUGCUUCAAAUGGCCCCCCCCCCCCUUUUGGGGCGAUUUCAGUCAGGUUGAAAAUCGCCCAGAAGUCUGUCAUAGACUCCCAUGUAAAAUCUAUUUUUUUCAAAUUUCAGAGCUUUCAAUACAAUCUCUAUGGGUUUCUGAGGGCUUGCACUUACGCGCUUUCGUCAUACGUAACGUAACCAUGAACGUAACUAAGAAAAGAGCGGGUAGCAGCAUCAAUCAAUUCACGUACUACUAUCAAGAUGGCUAUAGCGUUCAGUGCAACUCGAUUGUCUCUUUGAAAGAAGUUCACAUCAAAGAGACAACCACAAAGUGCAGGAGCGCUUUUUUGAGUUCCUUCCCAUCUCGGAAUCAACCUCAGUCUCAAUCGCCAGUGUGCUUUUGGAGAGACUGAACGUUUUUUUUGCCGACGACGUGAAAGUCAAACUCAUUGCGCAAGCUUACGAUGGAGCCAGUGUGAUGAGGCGAGAGAAGGCAAAAGGUGCGUGAGCAUUUCAAGAAAGGCCAUUACGUGCAUUGCUAUGCGCAUCAGCUGAAUUUGAUCAUGCAGCAAGCUAAAAAGUAACUAGUAAACUAGUCCUCAGCAUGCCUGAUUUCAAUGAGAAAGUCAUUGACCGCUUUGCUGCAUUGAAAGAGAGAAGAGAACAGUUUCAGUACAAGUAAUGUAGCCUCUCUCUCUCUUUGUCCCUCCCUGUCUGUCUCUUUAACACACACACGCCCAAAUCAGUUCACAGUUGAUGUUGUUUAAAAUAGUUAUUUUUCAUUUUAAAAAAAGUAAACAAUUUUUUUUACAAAUCUAUACAAUUGUCCAGAAUAUGGUUGUUCAUAUUUACAAAGCCAUACAGAUAGCUGUGUUUACCUUUUCUAGAAAUUAUUUUCAAAUUCUGUUUUCAGGCAAAAUGUCUAUCACUGUUCAUUUUCACAAAUCUAUACAAGAGGGCAGAAUAUGGAAGUCUAUAAAAAUUUCUUAUUACCAAUAACUUGCAUCAAUGUUUUCAGUAGCCUCUAUCAAAAGCUCCUGCUUGCUCAGGUGCACAUAUUUCCAAUUCAACCAUGAGGCCUUUUUGAAGCAAGUAAUGUGUAUAUCAGUAUUGACUUAUAUGCUGCCCCUGUCUUCAUGUUGUUGCUGGACAUAUCUUUUUUAAAAUGUGUGUAGGUCACCUAAAUCAUCAGAAAAAUUGCCCCCCCCCCCGAGAAUUUUUUCAGGAGCCGCCACUGGUAGCUACAGAACAUAUACUGUGCUGUGUAAACUACUGUAUCACAUAGCGUUUCAGACACACAAACUUUUCAACUUUCAAACUUAAACGGUGCGCUCCCAGCGCACAUACCGGCAGUGAUCUACAGCAGUGGUUUUCAACCAGUGGUCCUUGAGGGAGUGCUAGGGGUUCCCCAGCAAAAUUAGUUAAUAGCGUCACAAUCAUUUAACCACUUAACUUUGGUUAUUUUUGAAAAACCUUGAAAAAGUGUGCACAUCUUUGAAUAUUUAUCUACAUUAAAGUGCAAAAUAAAGUGCCUGUAACACGACAGUAAGCGCGUAAGCCUAAAGUUGCAGCAACACGGCUGCUUAAAAUAUACGGUAAUCAGCCUACCAGAAAAGUCAUUAAUCCUCGUCUUCAUCUUUUAGGCUAAGGUGCAGUACACGGCUGUAACCAGAAAAGUCAAGUCAUUAAUCCUCAUCUCCGUCUUCUUCCUGCGUACUAAAACCACCAAAGUCCUCAUCUUCAGUGUCGGAAACGAACAGGCUCAGGGUGGCUUCGUCAGCCACUCUCCUCUCUCCUUCGUUGUCGCUCUCAAAACCAACGAACUCCUCUUCGUCACUGUCGGAAUCGAACAGCCUCUGAAGGGCCUCAGCUGUGGCGGCGUCCUCCUCUUCAUCACGCAGCAGUCCAGCCUUUCGGAACCCGUUAAUGAUCGUGGAUGUUUUGACACUCCUCCACGCUAUCAGGAUCCACUCGCAAACUUGAGCGAAAGUUGCUUUUCGCAUGCGACCAGUUUUGGUGAAUGAUUUAUCGCCGCUAGUCAUCCACGCCUCCCAUUGAACGUGUAGUGCCACUUUGAACGCACGAUUGACACUGAUGUCGAGUGGCUGCAGAUGCUUCGUUGUGCCCCCAGGAAUCACAGCUGGAAUCUAGUUUGUGCUCUUGAUGGCUGCUUUCACAUAAUCCGUUAUAUGGGCCCUCAUGCUGUCCAAAACGAGCAAAGCUUUUUUUUGGCGAAAGAAUCCUCCAGGGCGCUUGACGUAGCACUCAUUCAGCCACUCAUUCAUUACGCUUUCCAUCAUCCACCCUUUCUUGUUGACUUUAAAGGAGAUGCCGUUCAGGAUCUUUUCUUUUGGCAUUGUAAUCCGCUUAAAAAUCACCAUUGGCGGAAGCUUUAAUCCAGAUGCUGUGCAGCCAAGAACACAAGUGAAAUUCGUUCUCUCAUGGCCAGUGGUUCUCAACGUGAUGGACGAUUCACCUUUCUUGUUAACAGUCCUAGUGAGAGGCAGGUCAAACGUCAAAGGCACUUCAUCCAUAUUUAUGAUCUGGUCCGGUCCGAUGGAAUAUUCCUCUAUCUUUCUUUGUGUGAAUUCGCCGAAGUUUGUUAUUUUUUCCUGGUAGUCGGGAGGGAGUUGCUGACACACAGUCGUCCGCGCCCUGAUGGACAGUCCCUUUCGUCUCAUAAAUCUGAAACACCAGGAUGGUCCACCUCUAAAAUUUUCAAUUUUCAUUUCGGUGGCGACUGUUUCAGCUUUCAGUCGGAUCUGCACGGUGGAAACACCUCGGCCGUCUGCUCUCUGUGUGUUCACCCAAUCUUCAAGAAAGUCUUCAAGUUCGGGCCAUCUGCUUUUAUUACCUCUGAAAGCUUUUUUUGACUUUUUGCAUUGAGACAGUUCUUCCCGCUGGCGUCUCCAACGUCUCACCAUUGACUCAUUGAUGCCAAGGCUACGUGCUGCAGCUCUAUUUCCUUCUUUUACAGCCAGAUUGACUGCCUUUAACUUAAAAGCUGCAUCAUAUGUAUUUCUACGUUUGUUUUCCAUAAUGAGGGUUUGUGCAUGAAAACUUCCUUUGCACAAACUGUCUCGCUCUCAUAAUGUCGGUCUUGCUCUCGUUCUGUCUCUCGUACCACUCUCGGUUCCACUUUUACUUUUGCGCGCUACCUGUCUCACUCUUUUCCGGCCUCCAGCUUUUCCUGCUGGAGCCCGCCGCUUAAAGGUGGGGGGCGUAGACCGGUCAUAGAGCCCAUAGAGUUAAAGUUGGUGGACUGUAACCUGUAAAAUCCAUAGAUUUAGGAGGUCUUCUAGUGGCCGUUAGCUGUAAAAAAUCCAUAGAUUAGCCGCACCGUUAUAUAAGCCGCAGGGUCGAAAAAUUGGAAAAAAGGCGCGGCUUAUAGUCAGAAAAUUACGGUAAUUAAUUUGCAUUUUAUUGCAUGACAUAAGUAUUUGAUCACCUACCAACCAGUAAGAAUUCCAGCUCUCACAGACCUGUUAGUUUUUCUUUAAGAAGCCCUCCUGUUCUCCACUCAUUACCUGUAUUAACUGCACCUGUUUGAACUCGUUACCUGUAUAAAAGACACACAAUCAAUCCACACACUCAAUCAAACAGACUCCAACCUCUCCACAAUGGCCAAGACCAGAGAGCUGUAUAAGGACAUCAGGGAUAAAAUUGUAGACCUGCACAAGGCUGGGAUGGGCUACAGGACAAUAGGCAAGCAGCUUGGUGAGAAGGCAACAACUGUUUGCGCAAUUAUUAGAAAAUGGAAGAAGUUCAAGAUGACGGUCAAUCACCCUCGGUCUGGGGCUCCAUGCAAGAUCUCACCUCGUGGGGCAUCAAUGAUCAUGAGGAAGGUGAGGGAUCAGCCCAAAACUACACGGCAGGACCUGGUCAAUGACCUGAAGAGAGCUGGGACCACAGUCUCAAAGAAAACCAUUAGUAACACACUACGCCGUCAUGGAUUAAAAUCCUGCAGCGCACGCAAGGUCCCCCUGCUCAAGCCAGCGCAUGUCCAGGCUCGUCUGAAGUUUGCCAAUGACCAUCUGGAUGAUCCAGAGGAGGAAUGGGAGAAGGUCAUGUGGUCUGAUGAGACAAAAAUAGAGCUUUUUGGUCUAAACUCCACUCGCCGUGUUUGGAGGAAGAAGAAGGAUGAGUACAACCCCAAGAACACCAUCCCAACCGUGAAGAAUGGAGGUGGAAACAUCAUUCUUUGGGGAUGCUUUUCUGGAAAGGGGACAGGACGACUGCACCGUAUUGAGGGGAGGAUGGAUGGGGCCAUGUAUCGCGAGAUCUUGGCCAACAACCUCCUUCCCUCAGUAAGAGCAUUGAAGAUGGGUUGUGGCUGGGUCUUCCAGCAUGACAACAACCCGAAACACACAGCCAGGGCAACUAAGGAGUGGCUCCGUAAGAAGCAUCUCAAGGUCCUGGAGUGGCCUAGCCAGUCUCCAGACCUGAACCCAAUAGAAAAUCUUUGGAGGGAGCUGAAAGUCCGUAUUGCCCAGCGACAGCCCCGAAACCUGAAGGAUCUGGAGAAGGUCUGUAUGGAGGAGUGGGCCAAAAUCCCUGCUGCAGUGUGUGCAAACCUGGUCAAGACCUACAGGAAACGUAUGAUCUCUGUAAUUGCAAACAAAGGUUUCUGUACCAAAUAUUAAGUUCUGCUUUUCUGAUGUAUCAAAUACUUAUGUCAUGCAAUAAAAUGCAAAUUAAUUACUUAAUAACGUAACAAAAUGUUGGAAAAGCAAAGGGGUCUGAAUACUUUCCGAAUGCAGUGUACGUCUAGCUGUUUUUUCUAUGCAUCGGCAGGUUUGAAUUUCAGCCUCGGUUAAACUCAAGGGGGAGGUGUGUGUGUCUGUUAACAGCUGGUGCGCAAUCUCUAAUAUUAAGGAAGUCUCGGUUCUGCUCGCCUAAGUAAGAAUACCUCAUGAUUAAGCAUAGACUAUACUAUUUACUAAUAUAUUGUUCAUUGCUGUCUAUUUACCACCACCAACUGAUGCUGGUACUAAGACCGCACUCAACGAGCUGUAUAGGGCCAUAAGCAAACAAGAAAAUGCUCAUCCAGAGGCAUCGCUCCUAGUGGCCGUUGAUUUUAAUGCAGGAAACUGAAAUCAGUUUUACCUCAUUUCUACCAGCAAUGUCACCUGUGCAACUAAAGGAGACAACUCUAGAUCACCUUUACUCCACACACAGAAAUGCAUACAAAGCUCUUCAUUUGGCAAAUCUUACGACAACUCUAUCCUCCUGAUUCCUGCAAGCAAAAACUCGAAUGACACGCUCAAUGCGGAAGUGGUCCGAUGAAGCGGAUGCUAAGCUACAUGACUGUUUCGUUAGUACAGACUAGAAUAUGUUCUGGGAUUCAUCCGGAAUUCAUCCAGUUUACCACAUCAGUCACCGGCUUCAUUAAUAAGUACAUUGACGACGUCAUCCCCACAGUGACCGUACGUACGUACAUAUCCCAACCAGAAGGCAUGGAUUACAGGAAACAUCCGCACUGAGCUAAAGGCUAGAGCUGCCACUUUCAAGGAGUGGGACACUAAUCCGGACACUUAUAAGAAAUCCUGCUACGUCCUCCGAGCCAUAAACAGGCAAAGCCUCAAUACAGGACUAAGAUCGAAUCCUACUACGCCGGCUCUUACGCUCGUCAGAUGUGGCAGGGCUUGCAAACUAUCACGGAUUACAAAGGGAAACCGAGCUGCCCAGUGACGCAAGCCUACCAGACAAGCUAAAUGCCUUCUAUGAUCGCUUCGAGGCAAACACUGAAUCAUGCAUGAGAGCACCAGCUGUUCUGGACGACUGUGUGAUCGCACUCUCUGUAGCCGAUGUGAGUAAAACCUUUUAAACAGGUUAACUCUCAUUUAAGACUGCUUUCUGGAGUCUCUUUGCAUUUCCAAUGUCUCCAUCACGUGAUUCUCUGCCGCAGGGCCAGACGGAUUACCAGGGCGCAUACUUGGAGCAAUUCUGAUAUCGUGACAACACUAGUGUGCGUGCGUGCAUUUGUGUGCAACUGUCUCUCCUGUCCCAUCAACUACUUUCAAAGCCUCUAUCUUUUAUCUGGAUUUAUGAUUUCUCCAAUUGACUGUACUUGCCCUGUGUAUUCCACAGCAGAUCUAUGGCUAUGAGGACCUCCACAUGCUACAGUCCAGACUGCCUAUGGUGAGUCUCAACCCUUUACCCUUCACUAAUCAAUGGGAGUGUUUGUGAAAAGACACAACAGGCAGUAGAAAGCAGUAGGAUGUCCUUUCUGAUUCUGUCUCUCUGUGUAAAGCCCUCUUUGCAGGAUUAUUACGGAAUCACAUUCCCUGGCCCCACAGCACUCUCUGGCAGAGAUGGGAACCUCGCCAAUAACCCCUACUCAGGUAAGCAACUCUGUCAGUGCUACUGUCAAACCCUGUUGGUCAACUUAUUGGAAUCAGCCUAUUGAAAUGUUCCAGAGAAACAAGGUCCUGAAUUUUUUUUUUCGUUUUAAAAUAAUUCCAAGACUAAUAGCGGCCGGUGCAAUCACAGACCCCUAGCGGACACCUCCAUGUCUCCCGCUUACGCCAACUUCUGCCCCCCCCCCCCCCUUCUGCAGGUGAAGUCACAAAGUUUGGCAGGGGUGACUCCACCUCCCCUGCACCCCCCAGCAGCUUGUCAGCCCAACAGCAGCCCCAACAAGGCCAGCCCCAGGCCCAGACUCAACCCCCCCAGCCUCAAGGCCAGCCCCAGCCUCAGGGCCACCACAGCAGCCAGCAGCAGCAGGCCUUCCUCCCGCCGGGCUACAGCUACACGGGCCUGCCCUACUAUCCCGGGAUGCCUGGUGCUGCCUUCCAGUACGGCCACACCAUGUUCAUGCCCCAGGGACAAGGGCCAGCCAAGCAGCAUGGUGUGGGUCUGGGCAACCCCUCAGCAAGCCCCUUCCAGCAGCAGCCCAGCGGCUACGGCCAGCACACUUUCAGCUCAGGUCGGUUACAGUGAGGGAGCGAGCGAGACGCACACAAACACCAACAAUCUAGUCGACCUCUGAGGAAAGGACAGAGUUGAUGUCAGUAUGUUGUUGUGGUGUUCUCAGGGUAUGAGGACCUGACCCAGGGCCAAGCAGGAGUGGACUACAGCAAAGGCUACAGCAACUCCUCCCAGAGCCAGGCCAAAUCUGCUGCUACAGGUGCUGGUAAAGGUACAUCACCCACCCAUCACUUCACUGUCAUGUUACCUACCAUCUGUCCCCCUAUUGUUACCAUGCUUGAACUAUUUUAUCUCUUGAAUUGUCCACGUUUCUGUCUUCUUUUUAAUUAUUGAAAAAGAUAACAGGUUCUCAACUAAUUUGCCUGGUUAAAUGAAGGUUAAAUAAAUACAUAAUAUUGUCAGUAACUUGUCAUUUCAAUAACAUCUGAUACAUUAUCUUUAAAGUAUAGCGUCAUAAGCUGUCCUGGCAUGAUUUAAGAGGCAUUAUAAACUAGGUGGUUUGAGCCCUGAUUGGUUGAAAGCUGUGGUAUAUCAGUCCGUGUACCACGGGUAUGACCCAAAAAAUUGUUUUACUGUUCUAAUUAAGUUGGUAACCAGCUUAUAAUAGCAAAAAGGCACAUGGGGGGGGGGGGCUGUAUCAUGCAUAAGAAGAGCACUUAGCCAUGGUAUAUUGGUCAUAUACCACACCCCCUCAGGCCUUAUUGCUUAAUUAAGUAAUUAAUUUGACUGUGAUAUGAAUGUUUGUUUUCAACUACAGUAUUGUAUAUUUUGUCGUACGCUAGGCGGCAUCUCUGUGACAUCAGGCAACACCGGGAUCCCAGAAAUCAGUGGCAGUGUUUACAACAAGACCCAGGUGAGAUCUUCGAUGUAGCCAUGUUUGUAUUUCUAAUUUUGUUUAGUUCAUUACGAUACCCGUUAGUCCACCAGAUCUUAUUUUCCUAGGAUCAUACACCAACACAUAAUAAUCUCUUGUCAAUUAGGAUUUAAAUUCAAGUCCUUGCCAGAGCUUAACAGUGAUGGUAUUUGUUUCUCCAUGGUUGUUUUCCACCAGAGAAACCUAAUCGCUGAACCUGACUUUGCUCUCCUUCUGUCUCUCUCCAGUCCUUUGAUAAGCAAGGUUUCCAUGCGGGGACUCCCCCUCCCUUCAACCUGCCCUCAGCUCUGGGGGGUCCUGGAGGGGCCCCGGGGGGCUAUGCUCCUGCCCCCUUCCUCCACAUCCUGCAGCCUGCCCACCAGCAACCCCACUCCCAGAUGCUGCACCAUCACCUGGCUCAGGACGGACAGGUAACACACACACUCCUCUCAAACACUCACCUGCCUGUAGUGUACAAGGUAGUGUAUAAACUUACUUUAACAUGCCACACAACGGCACUGGUUAGAUCAGGGGUGGACAAUCCUACUGUGCUGGUGCGGUUGCAGGCCUGCACCCACACAAGCCAUCACAUAGCCCACCUCUGGUUUAUAUUCCCAUUACGUCUUUGUUGUGUAUCAGUGUGGUACUUUACUGGUCUCCUCCGUAUGCAGGGCGGUCCUAGCCAGCGAGGCCAGUCUAGCAGCAUGCAGCAGAAGAGCCAGGUGAACAAGUCCAGCUACGGCAGCUCCCCAUACUGGGGCAACUGA